CUCUGCGGUCACCUGAUCCAACUGAAAGCAGUCUGCCGACCGACAUGUACAGCUUGUGGCGCGGCGUAAAGUAGCUUAGCGAGAUGACAGCAGGCAGCGCGGCUCUCCGCUGACUUCCACCGAAAUCUGUCACUUUGGUCGGUUAGCUGACACGUGAAGGAUGAUACGAGUCAAACGGCUUCUUGUUUAGAGGCUGCUGUUGAUUGUGGAGAUUGAACUUGUGCGGAGAGUUAGCAGAGGAAUGGCUGGCUGACCCCCCCCCUCCUGUGAUGGUCUGUUGUUCAGAGUAACCAAGAAGCUCCAGAGAUGGAUGACUGCGAAGGGGAGGACAUGAUAGAAACACCUGAGCUGCCUCUGGAGAUCAUAGUUUACAUCCUGAGCUUUCUUCACGCCUCAGACAGGAAGGAGGCCUCGUUGGUUUGCCGCAGAUGGUACAGCGCCAGUCAAGACCUGCGCUUUCAGAAGGAUGUCACCUUCUGCUUCCCGGCUUCAUCCUCGGCCCUGGAGCUGAUCAGGGCUCUGGGCAGAAAGUCACGCUGCAGUCUGAUAAUCAGCCAGCUGGAUGGGUUCAGUGUGUCCCGAUCACUGCUUCUGGAGGUGGGUCUGUGCUUGGGCUCUAAGUUGGAGAGCUUGGCCCUGCCUGGUAGCAGUAUAACAGAGGCCUCUCUGCUGGCCCUCCUCCCUCGUCUCACCUCCCUCCGCAGGCUAGACCUCCGGGGCCUGGACAGCCUCUUCAUGUCUGGCGCUUUCCUCUCCAGGGAGGAGCAGAGGCAGCAGGUCAGAUCUGCUCUGUCAGGUCUAGAAGAGCUGGAUCUAUCCGACUUGCGCUAUCUCUCCGAUCUCACCUUCAAUCGGCUCACCGGCUGUACCCCACGCCUCCGCCGCCUCUCGCUGGGCGGCUGCCAUAUAGCUUUCGAGUUCGACCCGUAUCGUGGGUGCCCAGUGGGAGCGGUUGAGGAUUCGUCAGCAUUGCUGUCACUGAGAAACUUACGGAGGUUAUUAAUGGAGCAGAAAUCCACACUCGUAGCUCUGGACCUCAGCAGAACCUCCAUCACCCCUGAGUCACUACGCACUGUUGCACAGGUUCAGGAUUUGGUCUUGGAGGAACUGUGUUUGCACGGCUGUAAGGAGCUGACUGACUACUCGGUAGAGGUUCUGGUGAAGCAUCAGCCAGACCUCCAGAGACUGGACAUCAGUGCCUGCACUGAGCUGACCAACAGGUCUGUAGAUGCUGUAGCACGAGGCCUGAAGACACUGACACACCUCUCCUUGUCCCGCGACUGGAGGAUCACUGAAAAAGGCCUCGCUGACCUUCUGUCCGUGUCGUCCCUGAGGAGUCUGGAUCUGUCUGAGUGUGUGCACAUCAGCGGAACAGAGAUAGUGAAAGGUUUGACGGGACCCAGUGCAACCAGAGCACAGCUGGAGACGCUCAACCUGAAGAGCUGCACCUACAUUAGGGAUCUUUCAGUUUUCUCUCUCACCCAGCUUCUUGGGAAUACUCUCCACGAGCUGGACUUGACGUCAUGUGUCAAUGUGACCGACCUGUCUGUGCGCUCUAUAGCCACAUACCUGCAAAAGUUGGUAGUUCUGCGGCUCGGAUGGUGUAAAGAAGUCACAGACUGGGGGCUGCUGGGGAUGGUGGAAACAACCAAAUGUGACCUUGACCAUGAGACGGGAGACAAAGGUCCCAGGUUCACCCGUACCUUCGGCAACAUGGGCUUCUUCAAGCCUCCUCGUUUGCCAUUUGAUGAGCGACCCAAGCUGGUCACACAGAGGGACCUGGAGCAGUUCAAACAGCAGGAUGGAGCUUCACUUUUAGCUCUCAGCAGGUUGCAGGAGCUUGACCUCUCUGCCUGCUGCAAACUCACUGACAGCAGCAUCACAGAGGUGGUGCGUUACCCAGACCUCCACCGUCUGUCUCUCUCCAUGCUGCCGGAGAUCACUGAUGCCAGCUUGGCAUCAGUAGCCUGGCACUGCCGUAGCCUCACCAGCCUGGCUCUCAACCACUGCCCGGGAAUCAGUGACCGCGGAGUGGCACAGGCUGCACCUUAUCUAAAAAGGCUGCAGCAUCUCUACCUCUCCUGCUGCAAUAACAUCACUGACAGAUCUUUGUUCCUCCUGGUGCAGCACUGUAACCGUCUGCGAACACUUGACAUCUCACGGUGCAAAAACAUCUCAGUAACAACUGUGGACCUCCUCCAAUCACAGCUGCCCUUCUUGGAAAAUAUCCACUACAGAUUCAUAGGUGGGGUUGAUCUUACCCUUGCAUUCUGACUGAUUCAAUGUCCUAAAUGACCACUGGACCUUUUCAGUGACAAAACCUGCUGACCAAAGCAUGCUCUGCGAGUUGAGCUUUUGCACAUUUUUAGCCAUUUGCACUAUUUGUUUUGCAAAGUUGUCAGUCACCUACAUGUCAUCCGGUACUGUAAGUGAUUUUUAAAAAGUCUGUUCGUCAUGGAGCAGGUACAACUUUUAUGAAAUGAUUGUGGAAAUGGUUCUGUGUGUGGGGCAAAUAAUUUCAUAUGUAUCGCUUGCAUUCAAACAAUCAAACUACGACAUUCAACAGUCAUGUUGUGUAUGAAUGGAACGUUUAUGUUUAACUUAUGUGGUGCAUCAUCACUGAGGACAAAGAUUUCAUGUAAGUAAGACCUUUCAAAGCGCUGUCUGCUAUGUCAGUUAAUAUCACAGAAAAUAUUUAUAUAGCUAAAGUUAGGCAGAAUUACAAAAUAACAAAAGCUGCCCCAUAAUAUGCUGAGUAAUAAUAUAUAUAUAAUAUUGUAAUUAUAUAUUUAACAAUUUGGAAGUAAUGGCACUCAAAAUGAAAGAUACAAUUAAUUCUUAACGUUCCAGUUUUAUGUUGUUUUAAGGGCUAAAAAGAUGUAAAACUUUAAUUUAAAUGUCUCAUUUGUCCAUGUCUGAUUGUAUUUUGUUUUUUUAUAUAACAAAACUGGAGAAAUAUUUUUUAGAACAAUGACAGUUCUGUGCUGCUAAAGUAGAAAGAUGGGAUGUGAAGUGAAAUAAUGGUCCUAGAGUUCAACUUAUAGACCAAGACAGCAGCAGCAGCGUGCCUGCCUCCAUUUGUUGAAUUAAUGAAGGGUAUUUAAUCAUUAAUUAUUUGAGAACUGACAGCAUUAUUGGGAGUUUUGAGGAGUCAAAUUAAGAGUCUCAGAUUUUAAGGAAUUUAUUGAAGAGGAGUAAUAUCUCACAAAUCAUGGUGCAUUUUUUUUUUUUCAAUGAAAAUCUUUGGACAUUUGCUGUUAUACUGGAUACUACAUGCUUACCAUAACUGUACAAACUGUAGUGUCGAACUAACUUGAAUUUUCCUUUUGUUGUCUUGGUCAAUCACUGUAGCCUAAUUAAAUAAAAUCCCUUUAUACUGUA